AUUUAUGCAAAUUAGGAGGCAGAUGUGGUGGUCACUAAACAUCUGUCAAUAUUUCUUUCCUUUUUAAAUUUUAUUUAGAUAACGUUUUUCAUUUAUUUUAUAUAUGGACCAAGAAAAGAGUCAGGGGACAUGCUAACUCAUAUUUGACUAGCAUUUUCUCAGAACAUUGGGCAGAAUGCGCAAAAGAGCUUAGAAGUCAGUGGUCUGAAUUCUUUCCAUGUGGUGAGAGUCCUGUGUGAUCCAAGCCAGUAGGAAGUGGUGUGGUGUUGCACAAUGACCACAUCCUGAUCAUUAUCAUGAAACAGAAGCUGUAGACUAGCUCCAGAGAUUAAAAACUGAAGGAAGGCCAUUGCUGCUGGUCCCAGAAUUACACACAUGCAGCAGCAGGAGUGGCAGCUGAAGAGGCAUCUGUUACCUCGGGGCGUCAUGAACUCCCAAUCCUUGCUCUUGCUCUGUCUUGGGCUGUGUGCUGGGCAAGCAGGCGUAACUGGGGAUGAGCCGGUACCGGAGCCCAUCCUCAGCGCCUGGCCAAGCUCCGUGAUUCCCAACAGGGGCAAUGUGAUGCUGAAAUGUAACGAUUUUCUGAGAAGCACAAAGUGUCUUAUUACAAGGAGAGAUGUAAAUUUGAAUGCUGGGACACCGCUUAGGUUGGCAGAUUGGUCAUCUAAAUUACGUUCAAUUGAGGCAGUUCUGGGUCGGUUUAAAUUCUACCUCUUUGACUUAGAGGAGAGUGAUGCUGGGCACUACAUCUGCGAAUGCUAUGGAAACGCUAACCAGGAUGUGAAACUGCAGUACAGUAACGCGAUUCUAAUACUGGUCGCAGGACAUUUACCUAAACCUUCCCUCCAAGCUCACCCAGGGAGCAAUGUGGCAGCAGGAGGGAAUGUGACUCUGCGGUGUGAGAAGCCAGAUAAUAUGACUGAGUAUGAGAUGUUCAUGCUACUGAAGGAAGGAGAUUCAUCACCUGUACAAAUGCUGAGAUCAGAAAGGAACAGAGCAGACUUCUCACUCCAAGAUAUAACAGACACGGACACAGGAAACUACAGCUGUGUCUACCACCAGAUAGGAGCCCCUUUCUGGACCUCACAUCCUAGUGAUCCCCUUGAGAUCUUGGUGUCAGAUUUCCUUCCCAAACCCAGCCUCAGUGCUUGGCCAAAUUCAGUGGCCUCAGAGAAUAGCAACGUGACACUAAGAUGCGUGAGUCCCACACCGGACACACGACUUGUUCUCAGAAAGGGAGAUACUGUUUUGGAUUCGAGGCUUCCACAUCACUUGACAGAGGGGACAGCUGAGUUUCACCUGACUAACCUUCAGCAGAGUCAUGCUGGAUAUUAUACUUGCGGAUACCAUUUGAAGGAGUCCCCGAACAGAAUCUCAUUUUCCAGUGAUGCCCUCUUCCUGUUGGUGACAGGACAUUUGUCUCAGCCUUCCCUCCAAGUCCAGCACUGGGGUCACGUGUCCGCAGGAGGGAAGGUGAUCCUGCAGUGUCAGAGGCCACACAACUCAACACAGUACAAGACGUUCGCUCUGCUGAAGGAGGGGACUUCGUCCCCCGUACAGCUUCUGAAGUCAGAAAGUGACGAGGUGGAAUUCACCCUUCAGGAUGUGACCGUCCAGGACGCAGGAAGGUACAGCUGUGUCUAUCUCCAGGCAGAAGCCCCUUUCUGGGCCUCCCAUCCAAGUGAUCAUCUUGAUGUCUCAGUGGCAAUUACCCCAAGUGCCUUAGCAGAAUGCUAUGCCAAGAUUAAUCUCAUCAGGCUGGGAAUGUCUGCCAUGUUUGUGGUGUUGAUGGCAGUCUUCCUGGCUGAAGCCUGGUAUAGCCAGAGGGUGUCACCCAGCAGACCCAGGCCCUGAAGCACCCCAGGGUCACCAUGAAUCCUUGGUCACGGUGGACAAGCAGCUCUUCAGUUUUCUGUGAAGCCUGCACUGCCAGCUCUCUGAGAGCUAUCCAGGGAUGGAUGGCAGCUGUGUCCCUUCAUUCCUUCCACGGCACAGAGGGCAAAACUGGUCACAGAUGCUCGUGGGAUGCUUCACAGAUUUACAGUUACUACACUGAGUCUACAGUCGUAUUUCUCCCUAUGGAUAGGGCCAGCUGCCUGGAAUGUAAACCAAAACCUUGCACUGUGGAUCUGUUUCAGUGUUCAUAAUUAAGUUAGUAUGAUGUAUAAAGCUUUCCUUUAUAAUUCUGUAGAAUACACUUUGUAGACCCUUUCAGGUCUCUGUAUGUAUUAUACUAAUUAUGUUUAUGGACCGUUAUAUAGUAUUUUUUACACGUAUCUCAAGUACAUUGAAUUUUAUGCUUCUGAUAAGUUAUUAAAGUGAAGCUGUGUUCA